CGUCGUGUACAGAGUCACUGAGGGAGGAAACAUCGAGUUGCACUGUGAGUCCUUCGGGUCCCCACGACCACACGUCACAUGGGAGCGGGAGGACGGGGCCCUGCUGUCAGACCCUCGUAUCUCUCAGCUGACCAAUGGGACGCUUCAGCUGUCAGACGUCAGCCACGAUGACAGCGACGUGUUCACCUGCUCCGUGCAGCACAGCAACAUCUCCAUCACCGCUCACCUGGAGGUCUACAACCGGACGGUGAUCCGGACCAGGCCUCAGGACGUGAGGGUGCUGAGAGGAAGCAGCGCUAUGCUGGACUGUGACUUCUACAGAGAUCCUGGACUGAAACAUUAUCAGAUCAUCUGGAGGAGAGACGGACACAAGCUGCACGAAUCUUCACCUGAUGACAAGUACACCAUCUUUGAGAACGGCACCCUGAAAGUGACCGACAUCCAAUCAGACGACACAGCACCGUACUCCUGUGAGGUCAUCACCGACCUGGAUCAUGUGAAGGAAGCCGGCUCCAUCACUGUGGUCGCCCGGCCGGACCCUCCCAGCGAUCUGUCUCUGUCUGAAGUCGCUGAUCACAGUCUGACGCUCAGCUGGACCCCCGGAAACGCCCACAACAGCCCCGUCACAGAGUUCAUCGUGCAGAGCCGGGAGGAGCAGCACUCUGAGGAGGGCGACUGGCGUUGGGAGGAGUGGAAGCGAGUUCCUGGAGAUGUGAACAGCCUGCAGCUGACCCUUCACCCCUACUGCACCUACCGCUUCCGGGUCAUCGCGGCCAAUGAGCUGGGCCACAGCGAGCCCAGCGGGUCCUCAGAAUCCCACAGCACGCCCCCUGCUGUUCCUGCCAGCAACCCCACCGGAGUGCGCAGUGACUCCACAGAUCCAGGAUCUCUGAUCAUCACUUGGGAUGAGAUGCAUAAGCGCUUACACCACGGCCAGAGCUUCCAGUACAAGGUGUCAUGGCGGGAGGCGGGGGGGCCGACUGCUCCCUGGAGCUACAGCUACGUGAGGUCGCCGCCGAUCGUGGUGAACGGGACAGGAACCUACACGCCGUUCGAGAUCAAAGUCCAGGCUGUCAACACUGUCGGAGCGGGCCCAGAACCGGAGCCGGAGAUCGGACACUCCGGAGAGGACGCGCCCGAGGAGCCUCCCGGCGGCGUCGCAGUGACUGUGAUGAACAGCACCGUCAGAGUGAUGUGGAACGAAGCCCAGAGGGUCCGAGGUCUGCUGCUGGGAUACAAGAUCCACGUGUGGAAGCUGGGUCCAAAGCUGAGCCGGGACCGCAGGUCCCUCUUCAAGAAGCAUCACGAGGAGGAGAGGAGGAGAGAGGGAGGAGCGGAGCGAGGGAAGCAGAAAGAGGAGUGGCGUAAAGAGGUGGUGGUUCAUGGCAUGAAGACUUCAGCCGAGGUGACGGGUCUGCUUCUGUUCUCCCUCUACGAGCUGACGGUCAGCGCCUUCAACAGGAAAGGGGACAGCCCCCCCUCCCCAGCAUUCAGCUUCAGCACCCCAGAGGGAGUCCCCGGCCCUCCUGCCUCUCUGUGGUUUGAGAGUCCAUCAGAGAAAUCUCUGGUCCUCCACUGGGAGCCUCCAGCUGAGACCAACGGCAUCCUGGUGGGAUAUAUGCUGCAGUACCAGGAGGAGAGCAGAGACAGCUCAGUGAGGAUGCAGACCAUCGAUGAUCCCAGUACCACCCACAUGGUGUUUGAUGGUCUGGACCCGACCCUGCACUACAUCUUCAACGUAAUCGCACGAACCAAAGCAGGAGACGGACCCCCGAUCACCCGCCGGGUCGCCACCCUGCUGGACGGAGUCCCUCCAUCCAACAUCUCCGUCGUCCCCGGCAACACGUUCCUCAACCUGAGCUGGGUACCAGGAGAGCGAGACCGCAACUACGGCUUCCUCAUCCACUACCUCCAUAAGAGCGCGGGGGGAAAGUGGGAGGAGUCAGAGGUCCUGAACUCCACGCAGGGUUUCUAUUCGCUGACAGGCCUCCAACCAGGAAGUGAGUAUCGGCUGAAGAUCAUGCACGGAAACAACACUCUGUGGGAAGAUGUGACAUGGACCGGAGGGCCGGUGCCGUCAGAGGUCGCCGGAGGGUUCGCUACACAGGGCUGGUUGAUCGGACUCAUCAGCGCCGUAGUUCUGCUGGUUCUGAUCCUGCUGAUCCUCUGCCUCAUCAAACGCAGCAAGGGAGGCAAAUACGCAGUUAAAGACAAAGAAGACAAAGAAGUCGACUCUGAAGCUCGACCCAUGAAAGAUGAAACGUUUGGAGAAUACAGUGAUGCGGAUGAGAAGCGGUCAGACAGUCAGCCUUCUAUCUGUGAGGAGAGUAAACUCGGCUCUGAAGACUCUCUGGCUGAAUACGGCGACAGCGUCGACAUCCAGUUCAACGAGGACGGAUCCUUCAUCGGCCAGUACAGCGGCCGAGGGCCCGUUCCCCACGGCAACGAGAGCUCCGGCCCCGCCUCCCCUGUCAACGCCGUCCCGCCUCCCCCCAUCGCUCCAUCCAUGUCCUCCAUCCUGAACCGACCCAGCUAGACACACACACACACACACACACACACACAAACACACACACACACACACACACACACACACACACACACACACACACACACACACACACACACACACACUCACACAGUCUGAAUACAUUCCACAGGAUUAUGCAGUGACAUGUUUACAGAAUUAAGUUUACACACACACACACACACACACACACACUCGUCACUCUUCUAGACAAAUAGGGAGGACGAGGAGGAAGAGGAGGAGGAGGAGGAGGAGGAAGAGGAGGAGGAUGAUGGCUGAUGGGAUGAAGGGACCAAACGUCUUUUAACAGCCUGUUUAAACUUUAAAGGAUUAAAGGUUCAUUCUGCAGAUUGAACCUUUAAUAUUUUACCUUUGUGUUUGUGAGCAUGUGUCUGAGAAUGAUUCACAUAUUUAUUAUUAACGUGUGCGGCUGUCAAACUCAAGAUGCAUGCCCCCCCCCCCCCCCAGCUGUUCAUGCUCUCCUGUUGCCUUAACACAGUCAAGCUGAGCCUCCUCUCCUCACACACACACACACACACACACAUAUAUAUACACACACACAUAUACACACACACACACACAAUGCAAACACAUGGGCAGGCCCUUUGUAGCAAACCAUACAGGAGCCUGUGGAGGAAGAGGAGGAGGAGGAAGAGGAGGAGGAAGAGGGAGAGGAGGAGGAGGAGGAGGAGGAGGAGGAGGAGGAGGAGGAAGGAAUGAGAUCAGAUAUAACGUUCUCUGAAUGUAAAUAGAACCUUGAGAUUGUCAUUUUUUUAUUUUCAUGCUUCUUUUAUAAAACGAUCCAAUUGUCAUUUUUUAAUGAUCUGUUGCUGUUUGUA